CUGUUUCCUUCCUGUGGUUGCAAGCCCUGCAGUCAGAUACGGGUGCCUGGGCUCAGAGGCAGCAAGUGGGUCUGAGAUUUCAGUCCUGCCUGGGGACUUCACACUAGGAUGGCCCUGCAGUCACUGCCUCUGAGGUUUCUCCUGGCCCUUGCAUCUCUACUGUCAGCACAUGGCCAGGACGACUUUUUCAGCAUCCAGAUAGAGCCCCAGGGAACAGAAAUGUGCCAAAGGCCCCAGUGGGACUCCAGACUCCAGCUGGCACCAGACCAGCUGAAUUAUAAGAAGAAUGACGAAGUGAUGCUGAGCUGCCCUGAAGGUUUCCAGCCGUCCUUCACCCAUGUCAAAUGUUCCAGCGAAGUCCAGUCCUUCUCUGGUGGGAAACCUGUAUACAGAGAGGUCUGGGCUGGAAGAAACUCCCGCGGUGCCUGGGUCCGCAUUCGGUCCAGCGUGGAGUGCAGUGAAGUGCUCCAGGUUGACCCUAACACCUUUGAGAUUUCCAGCACCAGCAUCCAACUGAAAUGGACCUGCAGGUUCCCUGAUGCCUGCCAGGGCAUGAGGGCCAGGUGCCGCCUGGCAAUGCCUUCCUCCCCUCCCUGUGAGGCUCAGGAGGUGAAUGGAGAGCAGAUGUUACAUGGCCAGGAGGGAACAUUCACCUGCUCCCCUCUGCAGCCCUUCACUGAGUACAGUGUCACCAUUGACUUGCCCCCCAACACAACCCUGUUCUCAUGGUUCUUCAUGACUCAGGAAACAGUGCCGGACAAACCGGAGCAGCUGUGGCUGGAUCCCGACAGGGGCUCUCUCAGGUGGAGCUCGCUGCCCUCCUGCAACGGGGAGAUCAUCGGAUACCAGCUGAACAUCACGGCCAGGAAGGCCGGGGACAGCAGCGUGCUGGAGACCGAGCGGCUGCGGCUCGAUGGCUCCGUCACUGAGCACCGGCUGCCGGAGCACGGCCCCGACAGCAGCUACGCCGUGACCAUCCAGGGACUGACGGCUGCCGGAGCCGGGGCUGCGCUCAUGACGGAGUUUCACGCCAACAGCAGCUCCGACACGCCGCGCUCCCCGGCCAUCAGCUGCCGCAGCGCCCGCGACAUCGCCCCGUCGCGAGGGACGGCCGUGCUUGCCCUGCGCCCCCUCGCCCGCGGCUCUGAGGCCGCCAGGGAGCACCAGCUGAUCGUGGCCGCGACGCACAACGCCUCGCUGAUCGAGAGCAUCUGCUCGGGCCAGCCGCGCCUCUCCAAUGCCAGCGUGUACCUGGCCGCCCUCCUCAACCUCUCCGCCGCCACCGACUUCGUGCUGGGCGACGGGAGCCGCGGGCCGGGCCGGCACAACGCUGCCCUCCGCCCGGGCCAGGCCUACACGGCCCUGCUGCGCCUCGUCCGCCUCGGGCCGCAGGCAGAGAAGUUCACCUGUGUCUGCUACAGCUUCUCUGUUGGGCAGACUGUGGGCCAGUGGCAUUGGAUUGUGAUUGGACUGGUUGUGCUGCUGGCAGUCCUCCUUGUGGUUGCAGUCAUCCUGUGGCUUGUGCACUCCAGGAAAAGGAAGUACUUGCCCAACCAAACUAAGGAGGCUAAUUAAAAAGGUAAAGUGGCUAGGCUGGAGAUCAGGCACUUCAGCCCCAGCCAGGACCAUGGAGACAUCCAGAGCAGUGAGAACAUGGAGAAAAUGGGAAGGAUAAUCCCAGCCCAGUGCUGAUGGCUGCCAUGUACCCUGGCUCUCCUGUGGCUGUGACCAGCACGGGGCUCCCAUGAAAUUCAUCCAGUUCAGCAGGGCAAGAGGAAAACAGAAGGCCCUGGAGGGCUGAGCUUUUUCAUUCCUCAGCCCCUUCAACUCCCAGGGUUUGCUUACUGCUUUUGUAAGGCCUUUCAAUCUGGCUUUCUGUAAUGCUUUUUUUCAGGCUUUGCUUUCAUUUUUGCUUUCCUGGAGGCAGGAUCUGUAUGCCAGAUUUCCCAGUCCCAGACUCACACAGACUCAGGUUGAUGGCAUUCUCCUGCUGUCCUCUGGGUUCCCAAUCCUUCUCUCUGUUGAUAUUCAGCCAAACCCAGGGCUUUGCUUGGCCUGCCUGGACUGCUUUGUGACUCUGCCUGUUCUGUCUGGACAACAAAUAAAGGCUUAUGGAUUGGAGGGGCUGCCUGGCCCACACAA